AUGGAGAAAGGCUUAAACUUUAUUGGAGACCUGUCCGAGGAAUUACAGAACACCGCCACGAAAAUCCUACCAGACAUCAAGGGAGACGUUAAGGAGUAUAAAGAAUUCAUGGACAAAGUAGUAAAGAAUAUUCGUGCCCCCAAUGACGUUACCACCUUAUUCGCUUUAUGCGCAAUAUCUGCAAUUAUUUUUAUAUACAAUAUAAGCAAAAUGCUUGGUGCCCUCAGGACCCAUACGCUCGCCAAAUUAUUAGUAGUUUACAUGGGCCUCUACAUGGUUGCUUAUUAUAGCGGUUUUACUGGGAAAUAA